AAAAAACAAAAAAAUUAAUCUGUGAAAAGAAAGGCAUUGCAAUUCUAACUUGGCAACAUGGUGCACCCUACAUCAAUUGCCUCCUUCAAUUGGGGAAAGAAUGACCAGAUCCAGACUAGACUGAGAAGAGACCUGCAAACAGAUCAAAGAGCUGCCCAGCCACAUCAUGUGGGUGGAAUGUGUCAGUUUACUUUUCGGCUGCCACCUAUCAUGAAUGUGAAUCCCGCUAUGAGAGUUGCAAUGGCAGAAUUCCUCACUGACCGCCCGAUCCAGAGAACCCUUGAGGAUGCUCGACUGCUAAACUGGUGUCUUCAAACUGUGAAGCUCACAGCCGUACAGACAACAGGGGAUGGCAACUGCCUCCUUCAUGCAGUUGCGAUGUACAUGUGGGGGGUACAGGAUACUGAGUGUGUCCUACGGCGACAGUUGUACAACGCCAUCUGGGCAGAUCCCCAUGGAGUACUGAGGGAAAGAUGGGAACGUCAGAGAAGAAUGAGGAAUGCAUCAUAUCCUGGGGGUGGUCUUCAGUAUACACCAGAGGAGUGGGCACGAGAAUGGCAACUUAUGGUCUCCAUGGCAACACCAGAGCCAGCCAACCCAGUGAGUGGCCAACACUGCUACAGGUCUCUGGAGGAGUUCCAUGUCUUCACACUGGCCAACAUCCUCCGUCGCCCCAUCAUCAUCAUCGCCGAUCUUGUGCACAGAAACGUGGAGGGCCAUUCCCUCGCUCCCGUCCACUUUGGAGGGAUCUACCUCCCUCUGCUGUGGCGGCCGCAGCUCUGCGUGCGGUAUCCUGUCGUCCUCGCAUUUCACAAUCAGCACUUCACGCCGCUGAUGGCAGAGGAAGCUGUGCCUGCUCCAAACGGCCCUGCUUCAUCCCAGAGCAUGCCCCCCGCCCAAGAGCAAGCCAUCCCACUGACGGGACGGGACCUGCAGCUCUUACAGGUGCAGUACCUACAGCCCAGGGAGGAAAACAGGGUUAUGGAAUUACUCCGGCAAUAUCUCCACAUUGUCGAGGUCCCUCUCGGUGAUGAUGGCCGUGUCCCUGCUGCCUUGAUCGACGGCCCGUCUGUCCCUGCUGAGCUCAACUUCAUCACUGACCUGCUGCAGCAUGACUGGAGUGGCCAGGGUGCGGGGGGUGUCGGGGAAGCGGGGGCGCCACAGGCUGAGGCAACCGGCUCGCGGUGUUCCCAAGGGGCAGAGGGGCUGUCUGUGUCGGGACAGCAUCAGGAUCAAAGCCUGUUGGCGGAUAAGCUGCAACAGAUCGGUCUUGCUAAUCCCCCUCCUAAUCCUUCCCCUGCAUCUUCCUCCAAUCCUGCUGAUCCCUCACAGGGGUCUCCCCAGGCAAUGCCACAGUAA